GUCCACCUACUGGAUCAUUUGCAAUUUGGCAGUGAUCAGUUAGAAGGUCAAAAUCUAGGACAGGAGCUUUCAGAGAAGGAAGGCAAAGCCUUCCGAGAGUUUUGCUCAGGAAACCUGUAAUGCCCUUCAGCAUAUGGAAAGUCAGUAUAUGAGCCCAAAAGCAGUUCCAUUUGAAAGAGAUGGUGUGGAGAGUGUUCUGAGCAUAGGGGUCUAUGGUCCAAGUCUUCAUAAUUUUGACAUCAAAGUACAACCUGAGAAGAGAUUGAUGGGCUUAUUGCAUGAAAAUAGUUUGGAGGAGAAAUUAAUGCAGAGUCAAAGCCAUAGUGAAGAGGAAGAGGAGGAGGAGGAAGAAGAGGAAGAGGAAGAUCAUCUGGAAACAGUAACCGACAUUGGGAAAGAUAGAGGAGAAGCCAAAUGUAGAACACAGGAGGAACAGAAACACAAUUCAUGUAUUCUCACCACCCUGGAUGCAUUAAUGGAGGAAAGGAAUAAGAUCCUGGUUGAAUCAGUCUCAAGUGAGCUGGCAGCAUCCAAAUGUGAUAGUGAGCCAGGGAUGGGUGAAGAUGAUCAAGCUGAGUGUGAAAGCCUUGAGGAGCACACCCCAGGCUUGCAGGAGAUUCAGACCUGUCACCACCACUACCAUCACUCUGCAAGAAGCCAGGCUUCAGCAAUUCAAGUGGAACUCCUUAAGCAACACCCGGUUUGCAUGGAAGGAGACCUCUGGGGAGAUGAUUCUGAGGAGAAGAGAGAUAGUCCUGUUACUCAAUCUCUUUAUGAGAACGAAAUAAAGAGAGAAGAAGAAGAGUGUGAACACCAAGACCUAGACAAGAGGGAUGGAAUAAGUCAAAAUCAAGAUGGCUUUGAGAAGUUUUCUGAAGAUGAAAGUAAGAGCUCUGCAUUUGCUGUUCCUGGAGAGAGUGAUGACCUUCAUGAUGUUCGGGCGCCUACCAUAGCUCAGCUUUUACAGGAGAAGACACUCUACUCUUUCUCAGAGUGGCCCAAGGAUCGAGUGAUCAUUAACCGUAUUGACAACAUCUGUCAUGCAAUCUUAAAGGGAAAGUGGCCUUCUUCCAGUCAAUCUUUUGACAUACCAUAUAUGAUGCCCACUCCUGCCUUAGUCAGCAGUACUUGCAAUAGGAGUGGCUAUACUGAACCAGAAGUCUCUGAAUCCAGUUUCAGCAAUGGAAUGUUAGCGACACAACUCCCAAAGGAAACUUUUUUGGCUCCCACCUUUGUCAAAGAUGAAUCCAAGCACCGGCAAUCAUAUGAAUUUGAAAUGGAGAGAGAUGCCAAGCACCGGAGUCUUGAUCAGCUUGCAGCAUCCCACUCCCACCCUUCAGCUGUGUUAAAUGGCUGGCGAGAUGCAGUAGAUCUCUCAAGAGUGCCAGAUGGAACUUCAGCAAGCAGCACUCCAUUUUCCAUGAGCACAAAUAUACCUAAGCUAGGGACUGUGAAUGCUCUGCAGGGCUCCCUUGGCAUGGACUUGUCUGGAAUCCUUCAAGCAGGGCUUAUUCAUCCUGUCACAGGGCAGAUUGUCAAUGGAAGCUUGCGAAGAGAUGAUGCUGCUAUCAGAAGACGACGGGGUAGGAGGAAAAAAUGUGGAAGGGAUUGACCUGAUACUUUGAAGGAGAGAAGCCUCCAGACAGGGCUGCCCGAAGAUGAAGGUCAGACCGUCACAAGUAAUUCUAAUUCAGAUGGGCCAGUUAUAACUACCUCAAGUCAACAGACAGCUCCAGCUACCAAUGUCCAGACAGAUAAGAUUGUUCCAAACAAGAGUCUUCUGGAUUGGCUGAGACAGCAGUCUGAUUACACUCUCGAAAUCCCUGGCUUUGGCACAAAUUUUAUAGAAAAGCCUAAACAGAGAAGGCAGCGUUGUAAAGAUCCUAGCAAGCU